AUGUCCCCUACCUCUUCCCUGAAGCUCGUCGCCUUCACUUGCUUUCUGGCAAUGGCCUCUGGAGCCUACCAUCACCACGAGAAGACUGGAACCUCCACCGACGUCAAGAAGCUCGACUUCGCCAUCGCCAACCGUCGAGAGUGCAAGGUUCAGCUGGCUCUCUUCGCUAUUUCCCUCUGCGGAGACGUCUGCGACUCUGAAUCCGCCGCUGAUCUUGUCCACCAGUGCUGCACCACCAAGUGCACCGCUGAGCAAGUGACCGCAACUUGCUGUCCAAUCCACAAGGAGCAUCAAUGA